AUGGGCAAUGUCGUGUGCCACAGCAACGCCACGCAUGCCACGGGCAAUGCCACGCAUUCCACAAGCAACGCCACGCACGCCAUGGAACGUCCUGAGCUAGAGGAUCCAGAGUUUGAGGUGGAAGCGCUUCCCAGGGGAGCUGAGAUGGCGGCUGGCCCCCGGCCCCACGGUUCACUGAAGGAACAGAGAGCAGCUAACUCUGAGCAGAUGGAGAAGACAGGCGUCCAAGACAGAGUCCAGGCGCUCCGCGUGCGGCAGACCUUGGAGCUCCUGGAUGAGAUGCACGAGGAGAAGGACGCCUCCAUGCAGAAGACGAGGGAGGAGCUGAGCGCCUGCCGCCAGAGGAUGAGCCUGCUCAGCAAGCAGCAGAAGAGCCUGGCCGCCCAGACGGCCCUGGAGCAGGACGCCAACAACAUGGCGGCUGCGGGCCGUCUGGAGGCCGCGUCCCGGCGCCUGCACGCGGAGCUGGAGAACGAGGAGGCCCUGCGGGCCAGGAUCACGGCCACGCUGAGGGAGGACGAGAACGCCAUGUGGCACAUUGAGCUGGAGAAGGGGCAGUUUGAGGAGGCCCGGAAGCACCUCCAGGAGGAAGCCGGGGCCAGAGAGAGGCGGUUGCAGGCGCACGCCGCCCGGCAGCUCCACCAGGAGGAGGAGGCCUGGGGGAAGGCCCAGAGGAACAGGCUGCUGAGGACCCGGAAGUCCAUGCACCUGCAGCGGGAGCUGGGGCUCAGACACCAGAAGCUUCUGGAAGACGCCCAGAAGAACCACAGGGUGGCAGUGAAGUUCCUGAAGGCCUCCUUGGGCCGGGUACGAGAGAGGGAGCAGAAGGAGGAAACCAAGUCCCAAAAGCACAUGAAGCGGCGCAUGGAUGCCGUGCUGGCCCUGAAGAACAAUAUCACCGCCAAUCGGGAAACGCUGCGCAAGUUUCAAGCGUGGGGCCAGGCCAGGGCUGAGCUGGCGGAGCAGAAGGCCCGGGCGGGGAAGGAGCUGACCCUGGCUCGGGGCGGGGACGCCUGCAGACACCUGAUCCACCAGCACCGGCACCAGGAGCUGGAGGCGGAGAGGCGGGCUUUCGAGGAGGAGCAGAAGCUGCGGAGGCAGGAGAUCGUGAGCAAGAUUCUGAAGGAGGAAGCAGAAGAGCAGCGGAAGCGGCAGCGGCACCGGCCGGCCAGGGCCGCCCCACGCAGGACGCUGCGCGACAAGACCUGGACCUACAUCUCUGACUUCUGCGAGGGGAAGGCGGAGCCGGUGACCUCCGGCUACCUGGAGGAGGAGGAGGAGCACGAGCACUGCAAGAACUUGUGGCUCACCAAAGGCCUCUCCACCGAGUCGGUGCAGGUGGACCUGUCGGCCCUCCACACCCCGGAAGACAUCCUGGCCGAGCCAGAGAUCCCCGGGCUCUGGAGCGAGGACCACAAGCUGCACCAGGUCCCCAAGGAGGAGGUGGACCAGAAGCCCGUGGGCGGGACCAAGAUGGAGCGGGACAUCCUGGCCCGCACGGUGGAGCAGCUGCGCGGCGGGAUCGUCCACAAGCAGGUGGUGUCCGGCCGCGAGUUCAAGGGCCGCCCCUUCAACAGCAAGCCCGAGGUCAUCCACUUCAAGGACUUCGACGUUGGCAAAGUGUACAAGAAGAAGGUGACCUUGAUCAACGCCACCUACACCAUCAACUACUGCAAGCUGGUGGGCGUGGAGGAGAGCCUGCGGGACUUCAUCCACGUCGACUUUGACCCCCCGGGCCCAAUGUCUGCUGGGAUGUCCUGUGAGGUGCUGGUCACCUUCAAGCCCAUGAUCAAUAAAGAUCUGGAAGGAAACGUCUCGUUUUUGGCGCAGACAGGAGGAUUUUCUGUUCCACUGAAAUGUUCAACAAAAAAAUGUUCUCUGUCCCUGGACACAGACCUCAUCCACUUCGGCAGCUACACGGUGGGGGAGACCACGACCCAGGCCGUCACGCUGACCAACGUCGGGGGCCUGGGCACCAGGUUCAGGUUCCUCGUGGCCUCCGGGUCCAGCGACGCUCUCGAGGACUUCCAGCCCGAGCUGAAGAUGAGCAGCCUGUUCACCUUCGAGGACAAAAGCGUCUAUGAGAAGAUCCUCACCAGCUCCUCGGAGCCGCACUUCGAGGCCUUCGAGUCCCUGGUGGACCUGCCCAACCGGCGGGAGUCGGAAAAGCAAGACGAAGCCGAUGUGGCCACGAUGGUCAACGGUGGCAUACCGAGCGAGGAGCUGACAGAGAUCACGCUGGGCAAGAUAACCCAGGGGGAGAUCGGACCCUUCAGCUCCAUAAAGGUGCCCAUCAUCUUUGCUCCAGCCAUCCCGGGAGAAGUGGAGGUCAGGUUCAAGGUCAUAUUUAAGGACCCACAGUCGCCACCAUUGCAUUUCAGAGCCCUGGGCCUGGCGGUGGACGUGCCGGUCUGGCUGCCCAGGCCCACCGUGGACCUGAAGAUCUGCAUGUAUGACCGGCUGUACCAGGACUCCAUCCUCGUCCACACGCGGUCCAAAGCAGCCCUGCGCCUCAAGUUUGAAGUCUGCAAGGAGCUGAGAGGCCACAUGGAGCUCCUGCCUGAGACGGGCUACAUUCAGGCCAUGUCCACCUACUCCGUGCAGCUCAAAUUCUUCCCUCGACACUCCCUUCCAGAAGACGCAGGAAAGUACUUCGACAAGGAGACCCGCGUCCUGGAGGCUCCGAUGAUAAUCCGGGUAGCCGACCAGAUCAAGCCAGUGGAGUUCACCGUGCAGGCCAUCGUGACCACCUCGGACCUGGAGCUCAGCCCCUCGGAGGUGGACUUCGGCCACUGCACCGUCUACGAGGCGCUCAGGACGGAGAUCAGCCUCAGCAACCACUCGCUGCUGCCCCAGAUGUUCGGCUUCGUCGGCCUCCCCAAGUUUGUGGACAUCCAGCCUAACGAUGGGUUUGGGACGAUCAUGCCGCUGGAGACUUUGCAACUGGACGUGAUCUUCCAGCCUGCCAAGGCCAAAGAAUACAGCUUCGAGCUGGUCUGCAAAUCUGAGAUAAACAGGUGCUUCCGGCUGUCCUGCCGCGCGGUGGGGGUCCUUCCGCCCCUGGAGCUGUCCCACUACCAGAUCAAGUUCGCCGCCACCGCGCUGUACGACACCUCUGUGGCCACGCUGUACGUCAUCAACUCCCACCUGAGCAUGAACAAGCUGACGCACUCGCUGCCGCGCAUCGGCUCCGAGGAGGCCAGCCCCGUGGGGCCCACGUCCUUCGAGUUCCUCCCGCCCCCCGACCUGCCCAUCACCAUCUCGCCCUCGGUGGGGACCGUGCUGCCCGGGAAGCGAUGCCUGGUCCAGGUGGCCUUCCGGCCUGUGCUGUCCCACGAGGUGAUCAUGAAGGAAGCCAUGCAAAUCACGGCCAAGGAAUUGGAGACCAAGGCGUUCCGGAAGGACACGUUCCUGCAGAAGAAGGAGCUGUGGAAGCAGUCGCUGAAUGCCAUCCGGACACACUCCCGGGACCGGCCGUUCCGGGUCUCCAUUCCCCAGGCCCCAGUCACAACCAAGCAGGAGAUCAAUAGCAGUUCUCCCCAAUAUGAAAUUGCCAAGGCCAACCUGACCAGAACUUUCCAGGGCAAGUUUGACAAGUUCGUGGUCCCCUGCGUCGUUGCCAGUGGUGACCUCAAAGACAGGAAAGCAUUGGAACCGAUGAACUUCAGCCCCCACAACACGCUGUACCUGGAGCUCUGGUGUCCCACAGUGGCUCCUCCAAUCGUGGUGACAUCUGGCAAAGGCCAGACCGUCUUUGACUUUGGGGACAUUGCCGUGGGGCACCGAGGCAUAAUGAAAGUCUCUCUCCAGAACAUUACCUCUGAGGACCUCUCGAUGGAGUUCUCAGUGCUGAACCCCAACGGCCCCUUUGUGCUUCUGAACCCCUCCAGCAAGCUGCGCUCAGGAAAUACCCACGUCCUGGCGCUGUCCUUCUCACCCCACGAGAGUAUUAUGGCUCAGGAGACGCUGAACAUCAUCACCAAGAGGGGCACCCUCACCCUCACCUUCCUGGGCACGGGCGUGGCGUCCAUGAUCACCUGCUCCAUUGAAGGCGACGUCCUCAACAUGGGCUACGUCAUGGCCAGAGAGUCUGUUUCCUCCAGCUUCAAGCUGCAGAACGACUCGUCCCUCCCCAUCAAGUUCUGGGUGCAGCUGGAGAGCCUGUCCAGCACCCGGGCCGAGGCCCGGCAGCAGCUGCCCAAGUUCCUGAGCCCCGCAGCUCACAGGACGGAAGUGGUCGGCACCCAGAACCACAACGGGCAGAGCGUGUUCAGCGUCAGCCCCGUGGAGGGCCUGCUGCUGCCCGGGAAGGCGCAGGACUUCACCGUGACCUUCAGCCCAGACCACGAGAGCCUCUACUACUCGGACCGGCUGCAGGUGGUGCUCUUCGAGAAGAAAGUCUCCCACAGGAUUCUCCUGAAGGGGGCCGCGCGCGAGCACAUGAUGUUCGUGGAGGGCGGGGACGCCCUGGACGUGCCCGUGGAGUCCCUGACCGUGAUGACCGCCUGGGACCCGGAGCACAGGGAAGAGGCCGAGGACCUGAAGCCCAUCCUGGUAACCCUGGACUACGUGCAGCUGGACAUAGACGCGCCAGCCCCACCGGCCACGCGGGAGCUCCACGUGGGCUGCAUCCGCACCACACAGCCAGCUGCAAAGAAGACAGGUGAGUUCACCCUGGACAGCCUCACUUGGCUACAGCACAAGGGCUUCUCCAUCGAACCUUCCAGGGGCUCUGUGGAGCGUGGCCAGACCAAGACCAUCAGUAUCUCCUGGGUGCCUCCUGCUGACUUUGAUCCGGACCACCCUCUCAUGGCGUGGGCCCUCCUGCAGCUCAGAGGGGACGUGAAGGAGACCUACAAGAUCAUCUUUGUAGCCAACGUGGUGACGGGAGCCUAGGGCACAAGGCGCCCUCACAGACACCCUGGCCCCAAACUUGCAGCCUGCGCCCCCAGCGCCCCCGGGCUGUGGGCCAGGUCCGCCCAGAGGCCUGCUCCCC